ACCUAUAUAAUUUUCUGUUAUUAUUAUCGAAUUUUCUGUUAUUAUCGAUCAUGAAAUCGCACCCCUCGCGGCCGGUCAAGCUGGCCUGUCUGGCCUGCCGAGCGGCCAAGAUCCGCUGUGACGGACAGAAGCCCUGUGCGAGUUGCACUCUGCACCGCACAGAAUGCCGAUACCAGCCCAGUCGCCGGGGGGGAGCCCGACGGGGGCCCAUCGCGGCCGAGGAGCUGGCGCUGAAGAGAGCGCAGCGGAUGAAGGCUGUUGUUGACCGAGACGGCCCUGACCAUACUCAUCCUCACUCUCAUCAUCAUUCGAAUUCUCAAUCUCAUCCUCACUCUCAAUCCCAUUCGCAUUGUCCUCCCCCCCCCUAUGCGCCGCCGCUCCCCCCUCAAUGGGAUCCAUUCCCCGCGCUGUCCCUGUCGCCUCCCCGGCCGGCGACUCCCUCGUUAGACGCCGGCGAUGGACUCGGCUUUCCCUCACCGGGGGCUGCCCUGCUGGAGCCCGUCGAUCUUCCCGCCUGUCGGAUCCGGGCCUAUCGAUGUGACCAGGAUUUGAUCAACACGUAUUAUAUCUUCAUUCAUCCGUACUUCCCCCUGCUCCCCCCGCCAGCAGUCCCCCAGUGCGAAGACAAAUGCCUGAAUCUGAGUCUGCGCUCGUCGUACGCCAAUGCGUCGCUGAUGCCGUAUUGGCCCACGACGCCGCUGGGGCUGGCCCUGGCCGCCCUUCUGGCGGUGAUCCCCCCGCCAGAGGUGGAAGACGGGCCCGACAGCGCCCCUGACGACGCCCAAGCCAGCGAGGAGGACGCCGUGGCCCUCCGGCGGUCGUACGCCGAUCUGUACGCGCGGUCGGCGUUGGAAACGCUGGAAGACGGCCUGGAGGCGGCCUCGUCGCAGCACGAGCUGGCCAAGGGCCCCCGGAGCUCGCUGCACGCGGGGAUCCCGCGCCGGAUGGAGCCGGUGCUGGCGCUGGCGCUGCUGGGCCUGUACGAAUGCUGCCACCGGGGCAACAUCGCCAAGAUGCGGCUGCGCACGAACCAGGCGCUGACGCUGGCCAUGGACCUGGCGCUGUACAAGGAGGACGCGCAGACGGGGUGUCUCGAUGCCCAUCGCCGCUGCUGGUGGGCGACCAUCUUCCUGGUGUACCAGUCGUCCAUCCUGAGCGCGUCGCCGCCCAUCAUUGCGUUUGACGAUCUGCGCAUUUCCACUCCGUUUCCGGAAUUCCGGGGCUGUCGCGAGCCAUGGCCGCUGGUGGUGAAUGCCCAGGUGGCGCUGCUCCGCAGCUGCUCGCUGGGCCGUCAGCUCAUCCGCGAAGACAGCAAGAGCACCGUCAGCAGGGAGGAGAUGCAGACGCUCGACAGCUUCAUUCUCGAGCUGGCGGCCGAGGCCGACCGGUUCCGCUGCGUGACCAACUACCAGGGCGCCGAGGCCGACGCCUCGCGCAACCUGUGGGCCAUCUCCAACGCCCUGAUCCACACGGCGCGGCUGACGCUGCAUCGCGUGCGGGCGUUUGUCGACCGCCCGAUCUUCCUCGACGGGCAGUGCGACCUGCUCGCCAUGGACGGCACCAGCACCGUCGGCAGCACCAGCACGGCGUCUCCCUCGCAUCUCCAUCUGUCGCCCGGGCGGGUCGCCGAGAUCCAGACGCUGUGCGCCCGGACGGAGCCUGAAUCCGUGCGCAUCUGCCUGCACUCGGCGCUGGUCGUGUCGCGCGUCUUCCGCCGGCUCCCAGCCCCAAACCCCAACUACUCGGACACCGUCGAGGUCGAUUCCGGGGGCGGCAUCUGGCCCCGGCCCCGGCGCUGCGCCGUGCCGGGCCACCCGCGCUCCAUCCCCUACAUGGCGUGCUGCCAGCUGCAGAGCUUCUACACGCUGGCGAUCAUCCUGCGCCGGGUGCGCGCCGGCAUGUGUUCGGGCAACAUCGCCAGCUAUGCGUAUCUGCUCGACCGGCCGAGUGCGACGACCGAGGUGCAGGACACGGAGCGGCUGAUUGAGGAGCUGCAGGCGGGCAUGGAGGCGCUGCGCCGUUCCAUCCAGGCCGAUGUCGUUUUCGGGGGGGUUGCCUCUAUUGCUCUGGAGGUGCAGAGACUGUAUGAAGCGACGGUUGAGUAGUCUGCUGUGAUGACUGUAGAAGACUCUACAAGACCUAGUCUAUUAUAUCUCAGUAUACUACAAUUUACAGAUGAGAUGAUGAGUUUAUAGAUGAGAGAUGAGAUGACAAAUUACUUUACUCUCUAUUAUACAGAAAUAUCAAUUUCCUGGUACC